CAGGUCGCGAGCACGCAGCCCAAAAGGCCCAAACACGGCGCGGUCCACACUAAGCCCUGCCCUGCUCCGUCAGUCCAUCGCCGUCGCCGUCGCCGGUGAAACCCUCCGGUCUCCGGGCCCAUCGCGCCGCCACGAAGACGGAGAAGCUUUGUGGCACACGGCUUCUAGUGUCGACGGAGGGCUGCCUCUCUUCUCCUAGGCGCACCAAGUCCUGCUCUUAGGCGCAGUCCGUGCGGUCUCCAUGGCGCGUCCGUCCCCGGCUCCCCCUCGAACCGGCGCUGCCGUGUCCCUCGCCAGGCAGACCGCCGCUCUCCCGGUGCUAAUCACGGCUUGUUGAGUGCUGCAGGUUGUUCGCAUUAUUGACUUGUCCUGCUCAACCACCCACCGAUGGCAGUGGCUCAAGAUUCUUCAUGACUUCCAUGACCGCCCUGGGGGGCCACCUGAGCUACGCCUCACUGUUGUCCAUGAAGACAGUGAGUUCCUGGACAAUAUGCAGGCUGUCCUAUCUAAGCAAGCUGCUACCCUCAUGCCAUCAUUCCAUUUUGACAAGGUGAUUGGCAGACUCGAGACACUGGACUUCAGCAAUCUCCGUGAGAUCCUCAAGAUAAACUUCGGCGAGGCGGUUGUGAUCAGCUGCGCUCUAAAGAUGCAUCGCCUCCUCACAGUCGAUGACAGCGUGAGCCUUGAUGGCAUUGCUCAGCUUCAACAAAUGGCAAACAUGGCUCAGCUUAAGCAAAUGGCCAGCUCAAUGUACAGCCCAGCAUCCACACUGAGUUAUCCACAGACACCGUCCCCUCAACGUCAGAUACCAAACUUGCUGGUGAGCUUCCUCUCCGCUGUCCGCAUGCUUAGACCGAAAAUCUUGGUCAUGAUGGAGCAAGAAGCAGACCACAACGCCCCACUGUUCCGUGACCGGUUCGCCGAGACGAUUCCCUACUAUGCCGCCCUCUUUGACAGCCUCCGUGCAGUAGCUGCCACCAACCAGCAGAGGGCACGCGUGGAGAAGAUGCUCCUUGGGGAGGAGAUCAAGAAUAUACUGGUGUGCGAGGGGGUGCAGCGGCACGAGCGGCAUGAGAGACUAAGCCAGUGGGAAAUGCACAUGCAGCGAUGCCAGUUUGACCAUGUGCCCCUCAGCUUUGAAGCCAUUAGGGAGGGGAAAGAGAGGCUGGUCAGCUAUAAGCUUAAAGAAUGCCGCAGCGUAGAAGACAAUGGCCACAUUCUGCUGUGCUGGGGUGCGACGCGUCUGUACUCGAUCUCGGCAUGGAGACCACAGAGAUAGAGGCGCUGCGCCAAAUAAUGUGGCUGGCCAGCGCAGUAGGCCUCUCAGCUCAUGGUGAUUUCUUGAGCUGCGGAGAAGAGGCUGUUGCAGGGUAUGCUUGUGCCUUGUCUGGCAGCUCAAACUGAUUUGUGUGAAGCUCUUAUUUAGAGCCAAUUGGUAUGAUGCAUAGAUGAAAAUAAUGUGGUGUUUUCUGAAGAACUGGUGCCAAACUGAAUGGAAAUGCCAGAGAUGCCUAUCUUCUCAUUAAGCAUCAUUUGUAUCUUGUCUAUUGAAUUAGGUGGAUAUGUUUUCAGUGUCUAAUGUUGUACCAGUAUAUUCUUGAUGCUCUAAGUUACAUUGGAAAGUGAGCAGAAUUUGUCGCGAAACUUGGAAAAGAAGUAUAUACGCUUGGCAAGAUUGAACAAUGCAC